AGUGGAGAAAAAAAAAAAAGAAAAAGAAAUUAUCCGUGCUUGGCAUCUCUUCACCAUUCCAAAUUUCGAAAUCGAGCGUUCCAAUUUACCAGAAGCAAGUCCUCUGCUUCUACAUCGUAUCCAGCAACUUGUAACCCUAAUCUCUCUACUCCCUAGGGUUACUGCAGACUAAUUACCUAAUGCAACUUCCAUUCACAAUUUACAAAUGAACAGAGAUCACCAGUCCCAUUCCCAUUGCGGUGGUUGCGGAGGAGACAGGCGCUGGGUCCUCCACAACGUCCGCCACAGAGCCGCUUAUCGUCGCCUGUGCACCAAUUGCAUCCUCAAAACCCACCAGGGUCUCUUCUGCCCCUUCUGCUUUCAAGUGUACGAGGAGUCUCUUCCUCCUAAGGACCGCCUCAUGUGUCUCAAAUGCCCUUCUAUUUCUCACCUCUCCUGCGUUCCUUGCUCUCACCCACAUUCAACUCCUUCAUUUCUCUGUCCCGCUUGCUCCAUUCCUAAUUUCUCCUUCUUUAACCUCGACUCUUCCUCCUCCUCCGGUAAUAACAGUGGGAAGCCCAUUGAUAAGGACUCCGCCAGAGCACUCGUUGCUGCUGCCAAAAUUGCCGCUGUCUCCAUGACGAAAGCCGCAGCUGUGGCUAGGGUUGAAGCGGAGAGGAGAGUGAAGGAGGCUACUUUGGCUAAGAAGAGAGCAAGAGAAGCUCUGGAAAGACUCGCCUUCUUGGCUGCUAAAGAGAAACAAAACAAAGUAGCCGUUAAAGAGUCUGUUCAGCAGCAGCAUAAAGUUAGCAAUAAUAGCAACAAGCGAAUUCAGGCUGAUGGAAUGAUCCGUAAGGAGCAAUCAAGAAAUGGUGCUCUGCAAGGAGAAAAGGGGAGUGAUGGGAUCUGUUCUGUUUCUCCCAUUGUUAAUGUUAGUGCAUCUGCAGGACAGUUGAAACGCUAGUAAGGGAUCUUGGCUAUAGACAAGUGAUGCAUUGGUAAUCUACUUGGGGCUCCUCUUUGUUUUUUGUUAUUGUCAAGAUGAUUUUUCUUUUUCUGGAUAGUCUUGUAAAAAUGUUUUUCACUUUAGCAUAGGAUGUCUUGUAGGUAAUGGUACUGCUAUUGACUAGUAGUCAAUCUGUAUUUUCUCAAGCCCAUCUCUUUCUCUGUACCUGUUGUUCUAGAUUUCUAUAUGAAUUUAUUUUCAUUGAAUCA